UAACAUCUAAAACAAUAUUCUAUCAUUUUCGUUGUAUCAAUCGUGAAUUUAACAUCAUUUGUUUUUAAGACUGGAUCAAGUGAGCGAAUUUGUUUAAAAUAUCAUUUGUCUUUUAGAAUUUAUCAAAUGAGUGGCUCUGUUGUUGUUACUUUUAAGAUUCGAUCUAGUGAACAAGUUCGUUGAAAACAACAUUUUUUUUUUGUUUAAGAAAGUGGUUGAUUGUUUUGACACACUAUUUGAAGCUUAACAUGCGAAAGAGUGAAGAUGCUGCAAAUAAACGAUUAUAUUUCAGACAUUGAACAAGGAAAUUCUUUUUAUCAUAUGAACAAACUUUUACGCAACAGAUAUUUUCAAGACGAUGUGUCAGUUUUGAGGAUUUAGCAGUACGUUUUUUGUGAAUUUCCUCAUACUAGAAUCAUAAUUAUAUAUUCAUAAGAGAAAAAGAGUAUUCUUUGACCAAAGCCUAAAACAUAAUCCAUUAUUAGCAGCAUCCUCUAUAUUUCACACGAAUAUUUUUCAAGAUUGGAUCAAGUGAGCGAGUUGGUUCGAUAUGCCGUUCAAGGAAAUUGACGUGGAUACUGUGUACAAGGGUGAUCCUCAGCUAAAGAAAGAGGAUAUCAAGAAUUUGAAGGAAUGGGCUGAGAUGCAACCUCAUCUCCCUAAAAUGACUGAGCUACAGCUGAUCUUAUUUCUGCAAAGUUGCUACUACAGCAACGAGUUAGCUAAAACCACAAUCGACAUCUAUUUCACGGUGAAAACUCUAUGUCCAGACAUAUUUGCUAACCGUUCCAUCAAAGACCCAGCCGUGAAACUUGCAGCCACGACUAUGCUGGCAUCUAUUUUGCCGAAACGAACUCCAAACGGUGACACAGUAAUUUUUUUCAAGCUGAUGGACAACAAUCCCGAUAACUUCAACUUCGCACUCCAAAUUCGAUGCUUUGACAUGAUCACGUUGUCACAUCACCAUCGUGAAGGGCCUCAAAACGGUAUCACGAUAUUAUUUGACAUGCAAGGAAUCGUUUUUGGUCAUUUUCUCAAACUCAGUGUCGUUAUCAUGAAGAAACUGCUGUAUUAUUUGCAGGAAGGUAUGCCGAUCAGACUGAAGAGUUUGCAGUAUUUCAACAUUCCUUCAUUCAUGGACAAGAUUCUAGCCCUCAUGAAACCAUUCAUGAAAAAAGAACUGUAUGAUUCCAUACAAAUUCAUACAACUAUGGAAAGUCUUUACGCACAAGUUCCCAAGGACAUCUUACCGCAAGAGUAUGGUGGCUCGUGUGAAUCUUUAAAGAACUUACAUGAUAAGUUCUUGAAGCUGAUGGCAGAAUCUGAAGACCUAUUCAAAUUUCAAGAAACUCAACUGGCCGAUGAAUCAAAGAGACCCGGAAAACCCAAAAGCAUCAGUGACGUUUUUGGAAUGGAAGGAACGUUCAAGAAAUUAGAAGUGGAUUAGCAUAUUAUAUAGCUUAAUAAUGUAUUUAGAAAGGUUCAAUAAAUUUUAUUAUGGAGAGCUAGAUUGGUGUUUGGAUUUGGGAUAGUGCACAUCUCAAAGGUGCAGAGUGUGAAACUCUAAAAUGUUAUUUUUCAAGUACUGAUAGCUAAAAAUAUUCAAUAUCUAGAAAUACAAACCAAAAGAUAUAGGUAUCUAAUAAUGCUUAUUACAAAAAAAUAAAAUAUGGAA